UGAUAACAAGUUCUGAUAGUCUUAACAAAUCCAGCUUACUCGAUCCAUCAAGCUCUAUUGCCCAGUUUCUUGUCGCUCACCCUUCUCCUUUAACGCCAGCCCAGCUGGAGCCACUGCAUAUCACGUUUGAUGACUUUCUUUCCGCACUUCCGACUGUCCAACCAUCUUCAAAACGAGAGGGUUUCGCUACUAUCCCUGAUGUAACUUGGUCAGACGUCGGUGCAUUACACGCUAUUCGAGAUGAGCUACACAUGUCCAUUGUCCAACCAAUCUUGCACCCCGAACUCUUCAAAUCAGUAGGCAUAGAUGCGCCCAGCGGAGUGCUCCUCUGGGGGCCACCUGGUUGCGGAAAGACCUUGUUGGCUAAAGCAGUUGCGAACGAAAGUCGAGCAAACUUUAUCAGUGUCAAAGGACCCGAAUUAUUGAACAAGGAAAUGUGUGUUCUCACUAGGCCUUUCAAGUACGUUGGUGAAAGCGAGCGCGCGCUCAGACAAGUAUUUUCAAGAGCACGGGCCUCUUCUCCAUGUAUCAUAUUCUUUGAUGAGCUCGACGCUCUAGUACCCCGGCGAGACGACUCUCUGUCCGAAUCUUCUGCGCGAGUUGUCAACACACUCCUCACGGAACUUGACGGAUUGGACUCACGAAGAGGUGUUCACGUGAUAGCAGCUACGAACAGACCAGACAUGAUUGACCCCGCAAUGU